GCCGGUCAACAUGGCGGCGGGCUCUUCGUCCUCCUUAGGCGGCGGCGGCGCCUGGCCAGGCUCAGAGGCUGGGGACUUCUUGGCCCGCUACCGGCAAGUGUCCAACAAGCUCAAGAAGCGGUUCUUGAGGAAGCCGAACGUGGCGGAGGCCGGAGAGCAGUUCGCACAGCUCGCCCGGGAGCUGCGGGCCCAGGAGUGCUUGCCGUAUGCCGCCUGGUGCCAGCUGGCCGUGGCGCGUUGUCAGCAGGCGCUCUUCCACGGGCCCGGGGAAGCGCUGGCCCUCACAGAGGCGGCCCGACUUUUCCUGCGACAGGAGUGCGACUCGCGACAACGCUUGGGCUGCCCCGCCGCUUACGGGGAGCCUCUGCAGGCAGCCGCCAGCGCCCUCGGUGCCGCCGUGCGCCUGCAUCUCGAGCUGGGCCAGCCUGCGGCCGCUGCUUCGCUGUGCCUGGAACUGGCUGCCGCCCUUCGCGCCGUGGGACAGCCGGCCGCUGCCGCAGGUCACUUUCAGCGUGCUGCCCAGCUCCACCUGCCCCUGAUGCCACUGGCUGCGCUGCAGGCGCUUGGUGAGGCUGCCUCCUGCCAGCUGCUGGCGCGCGACUACACCGGCGCCCUGGGGCUCUUUACCCGCAUGCAACGCCUGGCACGGGAACAUGGGGGCCACCCAGUACAGCCACCCGAGCUGCCGCCGCAGCCGCCUUCCGGGCCCCAGCCACCUCUGCCGGGAGCCCAGCAGAGACCUGUCUUGGCCUCGACCUUGCCCCUCCCGCUGCCCCCGGACCACGCCCCAGGCUCUGUUGCGCCCUCAUCUGGCACCCUCGGUGCCUUCGCUGACGUCCUCGUCAGGUGUGAGGUGUCCCGUGUCCUGCUGCUGCUGCUCCUGCAACCACCGCCUGCCAAGCUGCUGCCAGAGCAUGCCCAGACCCUAGAGAAAUACUCCUGGGAGGCUUUCGAUGGCCACAGCCAGGAUAGCAGCGGCCAGCUUCCUGAGGAGCUGUUUUUGUUAUUGCAGUCCCUGGUCAUGGCUGCCCACGAAAAGGACACUGAAGGCAUCAAGAAGCUGCAGGUGGAGAUGUGGCCACUGCUAACUGCUGAACAGAACCACCUUCUCCACCUCGUUCUGCAGGAAACCAUCUCCCCCUCUGGACAGGGUGUCUAAAUCACCUUCCUACCAACUUGUUUUAUCUUUGGGGACAGGUGAUGAAAUAUCUGGUCUAGCUUGUUUUGGGCUUGUUUUUGUUUUGUUUCAUUUCUGUUGCCACUGCGGUAAUUUAUCUUUGUGUGCCUAGCUGGUUACUUAAAUUAUGGUUCCCUCCGUAUUACAUCAAAGGAGGUAACUUCAUCCUUAAGGCUGAAGGAGUCUCCACUGAGUAAUUUGCUUUCUUUAUGCAUUGGUCAGUUGUUGGAUAAUGUUGAUUCAUCUUCCUGGCUGUUCUAGGUAUAGCGCCAAUAAACUCAGGAGGAAAGACGUCCUUUGUAAAAAAAAAAAAAAAAAAGUCUCCACGUCAUCGCCAUGUGAUUUAUAUCAGCAUUUGUCCCCCCACCCCCACCCCGCAAAGCUGUUUUCUCUGUACUCGGAACUAAAACAUCCCCUCCCGGAGGAAGGAGGGAAGUUUACAAGUCUCAGGCCAGGCAGCCCACCAAACACAAGAUUCAAUGGGUUCCCCCUUGAGGUUAAUAAUCUCCCUUACUUCCAGUGCUUGCAGCUGUUAGCCAGAAGAUCAGGUGCUCAAGGUUAUGCUUGUUUGAGGCCACCCUGGGCAAAGGGAACCCUAUCUGGAAAAAAAAAGUCAAUACUUGGGGGGCUAGAAAAACAAUGUGGUUUAUAUCUUGGAUGGAAGUGAUGCCAGGACGUUGUUCAGGGAAUCCUAGGGAUUUAGUUUUCCUAUACCACCCUUCAUGUUGCAGUAGGCUUUUUAUUUUAUAUUUGUUUUGUUUUGUUUUGUUUUGUUUUGAGAUGAGUUUAUCUGUGUAAUAGUCCCAGCUGGCCUAGACUCACUUUGUAAACCAGGCUGACCUCGAACUCACAGAGAUGCAUCUGCUUCUGCCGAGUGCUGGGAUUAAAGAUUAAAGGCAUGUACCACCA